AUGGCAUGUAGAUCAAUACGCUCCCUCACCACAGGGAAGGAUCUAGACACCCACACCAGCCCUCUGGCCAAUGAGGGAGGGGCGAACGAGGGACUCAGCCGACUCACCCUGAGGGAUGAGAGAGCAGAGAGGAGGCGGAGGAACAGGAAGAGCUCCGAGAGGAGUACGGGAGGAAGAGGAGAGAGGAAGAGGAGGAGGAAGAGCUCCGAGAGGAGUACGGGAGGAAGAGGAGAGAGGAAGAGGAGGGGGAGGAGUCAGAAGGAAGAGGAGGAGGGGAAUCUGUCCUUAGAGAGCACGCUGAUCGACACGUUACAGCCCCCACAAUGCAACAGUAGAGAGCAGAGUCGUGAUCCAGUUGCAGAGAGGUUUGUACAGCUGGGUUGUCUGGGAGGCGGAGGCUACGGGAUCGUCUACGCUGGUUACCGCAGAGAAGACAACCUACCUGUGGCUAUAAAACGUGUCCCCUUGGCCAAAGUGUUACACAUAUCGGUGACUCAGGAUGGACAGCAGGUGGAGUUUCCCUUGGAGGUGGUGUUACUGCGGAUCGUGGGAGGUAGGGGUGAGGCUACGGGGGAGGGGAUGGGUGAGGUUGUCCCUCCCCCCCGUGCUGCGGUGGCCCUGCUGGACUGGUUUGAGCUGGAUCGGGAGUUGGUGCUGGUUCUGGAGAGACCAGUUCCCUGUAUGGACCUCUAUGACUACAUUCAGAUGAGAGGAGGAACUCUGCAGGAGGAACACGCCAGGGUCAUUCUGAGGCAGCUAGUUGAAGCAAUGAGAGAGGUCCAUUCCAGAGGUGUUCUCCAUCGUGACCUCAAACCGGAGAACGUUCUAGUAGAAACCGGUUCCACCUCGCCUCGGAUCAGGGUCCUAGACUUCGGCUGCGGCUGCAUUCUCAGAGACGGGCCUUACACAGAGUGUUACGGUACGUCCCAGUACACCCCUCCAGAGUGGUUUCUGAGCGAGUCGUACCGGGCCGGGCCCUCCACAGUGUGGCAGCUGGGGGUUGUGCUGUACGACAUGCUGUGUGGUGACCAGCCCUUCAACACACGACGAGAGAUUAUCUAUGAAGAGCCUUACAUCAAGGACCAACUGUCCCGACACUGUGUGGAUCUGUUGAGGAGGUGUCUGGCGAAGCGACCCCGAGGGCGGCCCACUCUGGACGAGAUGUUACUCCACCCCUGGCUCCAGCCGGACACGCCCCCUGGCUCCAGCCGGACACGCCCCCCCGGCUCCAUCCAGACACGCCCCCUGGCUCCCGCCGGACACGCCCCCUGGCUCCAGCCGGACACGCCCCCCGGCUCCAACCGGACACGCCCCCUGGCUACAGUGAACCGGACACUCCCCCUGGACAGACCUGCAGCUUGUCACCUGAACCCGACAUAAACAUUUUUUAAAACAUUUUUUUGAACUGUCUUUGAAAAUUGACUCCUUCAACGUGAAAAUAUAAACUUUGAACAAAUAUCAUACUUUUGUUACCCUGUCAUAUAUAUAUACUGUAUUCUAGUCAUGGUUCAUCCUAUAUAACUACUGCUGUCCACUUCAUAUGUAUAUACUGUAUUCUAGUCAUGGUUCAUCCUGCUGUCCACUUCAUAUGUAUAUACUGUAUUCUAGUCCUGGUUCAUCCUAUAUAACUACUGCUGUCCACUUCAUAUGUAUAUACUGUAUUCUAGUUCAUCCUAUAUAACUACUGCUGUCCACUUCAUAUGUAUAUACUGUAUUCUAGUCAUGGUUCAUCCUAUAUAACUACUGCUGUCCACUUCAUAUGUAUAUACUGUAUUCUAGUCAUGGUUCAUCCUGCUGUCCACUUCAUAUGUAUAUACUGUAUUCUAGUCAUGGUUCAUCCUGCUGUCCACUUCAUAUGUAUAUACUGUAUUCUAGUCAUGGUUCAUCCUGCUGUCCACUUCAUAUGUAUAUACUGUAUUCUAGUCAUGGUUCAUCCUGUUGUUCACUUCAUAUGUAUAUACUGUAUUCUAGUCAUGGUUCAUCCUGCUGUCCACUUCAUAUGUAUAUACUGUAUUCUAGUCAUGGUUCAUCCUGCUGUCCACUUCAUAUGUAUAUACUGUAUUCUAGUCAUGGUUCAUCCUAUAUAACUACUGCUGUCCACUUCAUAUGUAUAUACUGUAUUCUAGUCAUGGUUCAUCCUAUAUAACUACUGUUGUCCACUUCAUAUGUAUAUACUGUAUUCUAGUCAUGGUUUAUCCUGUUGUCCACUUCAUAUGUAUAUACUGUAUUCUAGUUCAUCCUAUAUAACUACUGCUGUCCACUUCAUAUGUAUAUACUGUAUUCUAGUUCAUCCUAUAUAACUACUGCUGUCCACUUCAUAUGUAUAUACUGUAUUCUAGUUCAUCCUAUAUAACUACUGUUGUCCACUUCAUAUGUAUAUACUGUAUUCUAGUCAUGGUUCAUCCUGCUGUCCACUUCAUAUAUAUAUACUGUAUUCUAGUUAUGGUUCAUCCUAUAUCACUACUGCUGUCCACUUCAUAUGUAUAUACUGUAUUCUAGUUCAUCCUAUAUAACUACUACUGUCCACUUCAUAUGUAUAUACUGUAUUCUAGUUCAUCCUAUAUAACUACUGCUGUCCACUUCAUAUGUAUAUACUGUAUUCUAGUCAUGGUUCAUCCUAUAUAACUACUGCUGUCCACUUCAUAUGUAUAUACUGUAUUCUAGUCAUGGUUCAUCCUAUAUAACUACUGUUGUCCACUUCAUAUGUAUAUACUGUAUUCUAGUGGUUCAUCCUGCUGUCCACUUCAUAUAUAUAUACUGUAUUCUAGUCAUGGUUCAUCCUAUAUAACUACUGCUGUCCACUUCAUAUGUAUAUACUGUAUUCUAGUUCAUCCUAUAUAACUACUGCUGUCCACUUCAUAUGUAUAUACUGUAUUCUAGUCAUGGUUCAUCCUAUAUAACUACUGCUGUCCACUUCAUAUGUAUAUACUGUAUUCUAGUCAUGGUUCAUCCUAUAUAACUACUGCUGUCCACUUCAUAUGUAUAUACUGUAUUCUAGUCAUGGUUUAUCCUAUAUAACUACUGCUGUCCACUUCAUAUAUAUAUACUGUAUUCUAGUUCAUCCUAUAUAACUACUGCUGUCCACUUCAUAUGUAUAUACUGUAUUCUAGUUCAUCCUAUAUAACUACUGUUGUCCACUUCAUAUGUAUAUACUGUAUUCUAGUCAUGGUUUAUCCUGUUGUCCACUUCAUAUGUAUAUACUGUAUUCUAGUUCAUCCUAUAUAACUACUGUUGUAUGACUUCAUAUAUAUAUACUGUAUUCUAGUUCAUCCUAUAUAACUACUGCUGUCCACUUCAUAUGUAUAUACUGUAUUCUAGUUCAUCCUAUAUAACUACUGCUGUCCACUUCAUAUGUAUAUACUGUAUUCUAGUUCAUCCUAUAUAACUACUGCUGUCCACUUCAUAUGUAUAUACUGUAUUCUAGUUCAUCCUAUAUAACUACUGCUGUCCACUUCAUAUGUAUAUACUGUAUUCUAGUUCAUCCUAUAUAACUACUGUUGUCCACUUCAUAUGUAUAUACUGUAUUCUAGUCAUGGUUCAUCCUGCUGUCCACUUCAUAUGUAUAUACUGUAUUCUAGUCAUGGUUCAUCCUAUAUAACUACUGUUGUAUGACUUCAUAUGUAUAUACUGUAUUCUAGUUCAUCCUAUAUAACUACUGCUGUCCACUUCUCCUCUAUUCAUAUAAAGUCCAUUUUGUCUAUACACACCAUCAUAUACAUAUGUAAUAUGUUUAUAUUCUGAACUCUGACAUUGCUCACCCUAAUAUCUCUACAUUUCUUAAUGUAAUUAGUUUAUUAUUUUUUUAUUUUUUUUGGGGGGGUGUAUUGUUUUGUUAGGUGUUACUGCACUGUUGAAUUUUGCCACACCCAUGAAAACUUUUGCAAAAUAUGU